AUGGGGAAAGGAGGAGCCCUAAGCGAAGGCGUAUUAAAGAAGAUCAUCCUGUCAUACACCUACGUCGCAAUAUGGAUCUCUCUCAGCUUCACAGUCAUCGUCUACAACAAAUACAUCCUCGAUCGGAAGAUGUACGAUUGGCCUUACCCAAUCUCACUAACCAUGAUCCACAUGGGUUUCUGUUCUUCAUUAGCAUACAUCCUCGUCAGUGUUCUCAAAGUCGUCGAACCAGUUCAGAUGACUCGCGAUAUUUAUCUCAAAUCCGUCGUUCCAAUCGGUUUGCUUUACUCUCUCAGUUUAUGGCUUUCCAAUUCCGCUUACAUUUAUCUCUCUGUUUCUUUCAUUCAAAUGCUCAAAGCUUUAAUGCCUGUCGCCGUUUACUCCAUCGGCGUUUUGUUAAAAAAAAAGACGGGUUUAAAGGCAAUACCAUGA